UCAACUGCUAAAAGUUCUCCUGUUCUUUUCUCUGAACUACUCACGUGACAAUAACCGAAGAACAUCUCCCAUAAUGCCUCGCGACACCAGUUCGUUGCAAGAGUUGGUGUCGUGAAGCCACGAUGGGUUUCGAGUCGGCCGUCAGUUCAAUACUAAAUUUCCUCUCUUCCCUUUCUUCACCUAUACAAAUAGUACUGCUGAUUGUCUUAGUAUUUGUUAUAAGAAGGAUCCUCAAGGCAAAAUUCGACAAAGUACCCGAAGAGCCCCCACCAAAGCGGCUAGAACCUUUCAAGAAACGCGACUUUACUUUGGACGAACUAAAAGAGUAUGAUGGACUUAAAUCACCGUAUGUUUUGAUGGCCGUAAAUGGAAAAGUAUUUGAUGUUACCAGAGGAAAAGACUUUUACGGUCCAGGGGGGCCAUAUAGCAACUUUGCUGGACAUGAUGCGAGCAGGGGAUUGGCAACAUUUUCUUUAGGACCAGAGGCGAUAAAAGAUGAAUACGAUGACUUAUCUGACUUGAAUGGGAUGCAGCAAGACUCCUUGCGUGAAUGGGAACAGCAGUUUGAUGAGAAGUAUGACUUGGUAGGAAGACUUUUAAAACCUGGGGAGAAACACCAACAGUAUGAAACAGAAGAAGAGACGGAGGAAGAAGAUGGCAAAGGGGGAAAAAAAGACAACUAGAAAUAAGCAGAACUUUGUGAAUAAGAAGUGGACUAUUAUAGACUCUGGUUUAUCCACAUAAUUCAUUGCUUCAUACAUAAAAAUUAGACACUAGUUAUUAACUAACACGCAUCAACCAUUUGGACAGUUAGAGAAUAAGUCAUUAAAGCUAGUUUAUUUAGUCAUUUUGUCAACCACUGGUGCAAUAAGCCAGUUUAGAUUUUAAGAAAUGAUCGGGGAAGAAUGGGUCCAGUCUGAUGCCUAGUGUCAACAAGCAUAUUGAAACUAUUGCCAAUGUACCAACGUGCAGUGUCCCAAACACAAGCAGUAUGUAUGUAACUGAAGAUCAACUUGGGGAUUUUAACAUUUUUUUUUUCCAAUUUGCUCAUAAAAAAAAAACACAAAAUUAGAAAGGAAAGAAUGUCUUCUGUAAUAAGUUUUUUUACCUGUAGGGGAUUAAACACCCAUCCCUGCCAAACUAAAGUAGCUUUAUGUUUUCGUUGUUGUUGUUGUUGUUGUUGUAUGUACUGUAAUGUUUGAAUGGAACUGACAAAGUUCCCAUUUUUACUGUGAUACCCAUAGUGAUUGUAAAUAGACAAAGUGGUUUUAUCUCGGAUAUUGCAAAAAAGCUUGAUUGUCAGACAAACAGCUCAAGCAAAAAAUUACUCUACUAUUAGACAAA